ACUAUUUUAUACUUAAAUCAAAUGAUGUAAAAAAUAUCAUUUUCCUAAAAAUAAAAACUUUCAGUUAUCAUAGUCUAGAUAAUAAAAAUAUCAAAUGAAAUUAGUUUUCUUCUUUUCUCAUCUCCUUUUCUCCCAUCCUCCUCCAUCCAAAACCCUAAAACCCUAGUUUCAAAACCAAUAGCCAUUGUCAUGAACCUUUCUCCGACUAAAUCCACUCAACCGCCUCUGGACACUGUCCUCAAUCCUGAAUGCGCCCACUGUGCCUCUAAGGACAGCCGUCUCUCCCACCGCCUCUGGAUUCGGGGCAUGAGCCGCCGCGUCUGCACCUCCUGCGUCCUCCUCCUCCACCCCUCCUCCUUCUGCCCCUCUUGCUUCCAAUUCUUCGACCACCCUCUCUCUAAUACCUCUGUCCCUGCUCACCGUUUCCUGUCCUGCACUAAAUGCUCCUCACUCACUCACCUCGACUGUCUCCCUUCCCCUCCCCCUUCCUCCCCUUUCCUCUGUCCACCUUGCUCUCAACCAAACUUCUCUUUUUUUCCCGAUUCCACCUCCUCCCUGGACAAACGCCGUGCUCUCAUCUUCCUCUGCGCCUGUAAGAUCGCCUCUGCCGCUGCCUCCAAGUCUCUCGCCCUUGCCCGGACUCGAGUUGAGCGAAGCGUCCGCGAGGCCGCCCUUGCAAGAAAGAGGGCUCGGGACUCUCUUGACCAUUGCUCCAUUCUUGACAAGAUUAAGCGCCUCGGCCUCGAGGGCACCCUUGAGGUUUCUAAUGCCAGGAAUUUGGGAACACAUCAUAAUAAUGUUGUGUGUAAAAAAGAGGAGUUAAAUAGUUUCACAGGACAGGGUGGCACUGGAAAACCAUUCAGAUUUAUCCAAGGUAUUAUUUUUUCAGGCUUGUAUUCUUAAAUGAUGAGUUUUUUUAGUUUGAGGAUCACUUUUUUUUUUUCCCUUAUGUUUAAUUCAGUUAAUGAUGCUGGUUUUGUAGAUUAAGAUAUGAACACCUUGCUUGAAUUGUUUGAAUGCAGGUAGAAGAAGGUAGAAGAAGCUAGUGACUGUGUUAUAGAUUUUCUGUUGCUGUGGAAUUACGAGCAAAAUUGUGAGCAAAUGGUUCAUUUUUAAUUCGAUAUACCCUUGUAAAGCCUCUUUAGUAAUGUGAUUAUGCAAUUUAAGUACUAUAAGCUGUAAUUACUUCAAGCACAUAUUUUCCUCUUUAGGAUAAGUUGGGUUAGAC